CUGUUAUGGUCUCGUUAGUAUCUCUACCAUCAGUGCGCAAUCUCUGUAAUACGUAACUUUACGCAUUGACGUUUCACUAAGUACCGGGUGUGCGCAGGCCGGUGGGACUGAAAGAGCGGAUGUUUUUCAUGCUUUUGUCUUUCUCCCUGUCUCCUUUUGACCCUGACUUUUGGCUGCUGUCCCACAGCCUGCUGUCUGUGUCUAUCUCUCUAAGGCUGGCACUUGCAUCCCACAUUCUUGCCCAGGAGGAGGAGGAGAAGAAGGAGGGUGGUGCUACUGCAGACAGCAUAUGCCCUGCCAGGGGAGGAUUUCCACAUCCGUUGACACUGAUCAUCAGGAGAUGCUUGUGCCAGGACAGGCACAGAUAAGACUGGACUGGAGAAUGGUCUUUGCCAGUGGGCACCACAUAUAAAGCAAUGGAGAGUGAUCACCAAAGAUAAAGAACUGAAAAGUCUGGAUACUGUAAACCCAACAAAUUAUAGACUGGGGUGUGGAUAGUAUUUAAAAAGAACGUAUCCAGUCACAGCUUCUUUUCAGUAUCAAAUAUUAAAGCAUCUCAAAGAUACAACACACUGGGUUCUAGGAUGCUAUUGCUCUGUCAACUACCACCAUAUUUAAGAAUCUAACAGGAGAUAGCAAAUCGAUAAUUGCUGGUAACAUUUAGCACCAAUAAGAGCAUAAAUACAUUGAACCAUCAGGAAGAUACAGCAUAUAAGGAACCAUCAGUCUGAGGUCAUUUUCUGUUUUUCUUCUUGGCAUCUUGCUACCUUGGGUCCGCUUUGGAGAACAAAAUUGGAUUUUCUCUACCUCUUAUUUUGAAGUUACACUUACCUUCUAAAAAGGGCUUGUACCACCAGCACGUUGUGACACAGUCUUUGAAUUUAUAGUCUUGUCACUUCCCAUCUUUCCCUACUAUUUUCACACCCAAACACACCAUGAACUUCUACCUCCCGUUUGACAGUCUGAUAUGUAACCUCUUGGGUCUGUCCCUUACUCUGUGGUUCACCCUCCUUUUGGUGUUUAUCAUCGUUCCUGCCAUCUUUGGGGUCUCCUUUGGCAUUCGCCGACUGUACAUGAAAACCUUGCUUCAGAUCUUUACAUGGGCAACUUUACGAAUAGAAAGAGGAGCAAAAGAGAAAAACCAUGCUCUGUAUAAACCUUUAACUAACGGUAUUAUUGCCAAGGAAAGGACAUCCCUAGAAGAGGGUAUCUCAGAGCUGCGUGGAAAUGGGCAUUCCAUGGAUGGGCCGGAGUUUGAGCUAGCAGACAUUUUUUACUUCUGCCGGCAGGGCAUGGUUAGGAUUAUGGAUGAUGAGGUAACCAAGCGCUUCACAGCAGAAGAAUUGGAGACCUGGAAUCUAUUAAGCCGAACAAACUACAACUUCCAGCACAUCAGCCUUCGUCUAACUGUAUUGUGGGGGUUGGGAAUGCUUAUCCGAUACACCUUUCUCCUGCCUCUUAGGAUAGCUCUCGCUGUCACGGGUAUCAGCCUUCUGGUUCUUGGUACUACAAUAGUUGGAUAUCUACCCAAUGGACGAUUUAAAGAGUUCCUGAGUAAGCAUGUUCAUCUUAUGUGUUACCGAAUCUGUGUGCGUGCUUUGACCGCAAUCAUUACUUAUCACGGCAGUGAAAAUCGUCCUAGGAAGGGUGGCAUCUGCGUAGCUAAUCAUACUUCUCCAAUUGAUGUUAUAAUACUGGCCAGUGAUGGAUACUAUGCAAUGGUAGGGCAGAUCCAUGGGGGUCUUCUGGGAAUAAUUCAAAGAGCAAUGGUAAAGGCAUGUCCACACGUUUGGUUUGAGCGCUCUGAGGUCAAGGACCGCCAUCUUGUGGCUGAAAGACUGACAGAACACGUGCAGGACAAAAGCAAACUGCCUAUUCUCAUAUUUCCUGAAGGUACCUGCAUCAAUAACACAUCAGUCAUGAUGUUUAAAAAGGGGAGCUUUGAAAUAGGCGCUACCGUGUACCCUGUGGCAAUCAAGUAUGACCCUCGUUUUGGGGAUGCCUUCUGGAAUAGCAGUAAAUAUGGGAUGGUCACCUAUCUGCUCCGUAUGAUGACCAGCUGGGCAAUUGUGUGUAGUGUUUGGUACCUGCCACCAAUGACACGAAAGGAGGAUGAGGAUGCAGUGCAGUUUGCUAGCAGAGUGAAGUCUGCGAUUGCACGACGGGGUGGUCUUGUGGAUCUACUCUGGGAUGGUGGUUUGAAACGUGAGAAGGUGAAAGAUGCGUUUAAGGAAGAGCAACAAAAGUUGUACAGUCGUAUCAUUGCAGGUAAUCAGGAAAACCGUAGCCGCUCCUGAGUCAUGGGAUUGAGGAGCAGGUUCCUGAACCAUGUUGCUACUCCAUAGCCACGGAAUGAGAUGUUGAUGAAGGAACCCAUGCCAUGGAGCAAGAGCUGAAAGCACCAGAAAGGAACCAUAAAUCAGGGUAUCAAGAUCCUGUGUGACUUAUUUUAAUUUAUGGAUCAAUGGCAUAGUCCAGUUAAAGUGACUGCUGACUAAUGGGCUUACAGAAGAUUAGGGUGGAGGCCACUUUUUGAACCACAAAAAAUAACCUUAUUUCUAAGGUUAAUAAGAUACUUGAGUUUCUAAGACAUUUGGAGCUAGAGUAUACACUGCCCAAGUUCUCUUUUUAAGACUUCUAUAUCAACGUCAAAUACAAUUCACAAGCUAGACUUCAGAGGUCUUCUUUGAAGUAUAAAACCAUUGUUCUGUACAAGUUGGCAUUUCAACAACUUGGAGUUUGUAACUAAUGUAACAAAAAAAGAAUGUGUGGUCAUUGCACAGAAGCACCUGAAUCAAACACUUUUGGUAUGAAGACCACAUCAGAACCUAAAAUCACAACUCAAACCUACAGUGGCUUAGAGAGCCUUCAUCAUCAAACCUGUCUUUGGCUGAGAAUCCCUUCUGCCACUACCUUACUAAAGCUCACACUAGCCAUUUUGCCAUCUCUCCCUGUCCUGUGGAGCUUCCAUAAGCCCCAAUUUUAGGUCACCCUUCUUCUACCAAGAAGGACAUGAGUUACUGUCUCCCAUUAUAUUUCAUGCCAAAAAUAAAAACAAAAAGGGGUAAAUGAAACUACCAUGUAUGAGAUCCCCUUUUCCUUGAGACGUGUGCCCUCAGUCUCCUUGUCUGUUACAUACUGUCCUGCAUGGGCCAUGGGCCAUGUUUCUUGUGUUGUUUUUAUAAGGUCAUUAUAAAAUAAAAUAACUUGACAAGAAAAA